AUGGCUCAAAUGCUAACAAACAUUUAUAUAAUCCAAAUAGUUCUNUAUUUGGUCAAAUACCUAGCGACAAACUCCUAUGUUCCUUUCAUUACGGUAUUUCUGAACAAGUUCCUGGAUAACAAGCCUAAAGGUUUUCUUCUUGAUGAGAUCGAUAUUGAUGAUAGUGACGAUAUUGAUGAUAGUGACAAUCUUGAUGCUAGUGACGAUAUCGAUCGUGACCUUGAUACGGAGCUGAAACUGCUAACUAGGAUGAAUGGGCUAACUAUGGAUAUGAUGCCGGAAAUAGACCGAUUUUAUAUCACCCUUCAAUUCGAAUUAGCAAAAGCAAUGUCUCCUUGCAUAAUAUGGAUUCCAAACAUUCAUGAUCUGGAUGUGAAUGAGUCGAAUGACUUAGCCCUCGGUCUAUUAGUGAACCAUCUCUCCAGGGAUUGUGAAAGAUGUUCUACUAGAAAUAUUCUUGUUAUUGCUUCGACUCAUAUUCCCCAAAAAGUGGAUCCCGCUCUAAUAGCUCCGAAUAAAUUAAAUACGUGCAUUAAGAUACGAAGGCUUCUUCUUCCACAACAACGAAAGCACUUUUUCACUCUUUCAUAUACUAGGGGAUUUCACUUGGAAAAGAAAAUGUUCCAUACUAACGGAUUCGGGUCCAUAACCAUGGGUUCCAAUGCACGAGAUCUUGUAGCACUUACCAAUGAGGUCCUAUCGAUUAGUAUUACACAGAAGAAAUCAAUUAUAGACACUAAUACAAUUAGAUCCGCUCUUCAUAGACAAACUUGGGAUUUGCGAUCCCAGGUAAGAUCGGUUCAGGAUCAUGGGAUCCUUUUCUAUCAGAUAGGAAGGGCUGUAGCACAAAAUGUAUUUGGAAAGAAGGGAAAGUUGAUUCCUCAGUUUAUUGGCUUAUUUGAGGUUUUGGAGAGAGGGGUAAGCUUAGUGCAGUUGGAUGAGACUCUGGCUUAUGAAGCGGAGUUGGUGGCCAUUUUGGAUAGGCAGGUUUGGAAGCUGAGGUUGAAAGAUAUUGCAUUAGUUAAGGUUCAGUGGAGAGGAUUGGGUGAUUUUGGACUUAGUUCCCAGAUGUGGAUUCGGAGGUCCCUGGAAGGUUUUGGCUAUAUCUGCCAAGUUGGAGAUUUGAUGACGGGAUUCCAGAAGGCUCAGGUGCAGUGCCGUACCUAUGAGGAUUUUUGGUGCUUUUGUGGAGGGGUGAAGACUGGCAGUGGUUGCAUCUGUGACAAUGAUCAUCGCAGACGCAUUGGCGCAGGAGCGAAGGUAGGACACACUUGCGAGACCGUAGAAGUGGCAGCUUUGCUUGACGUUAUUGAGUUGUUUUUGCAAGAUUCAAGCCGAUUAGAGGUGAUGUCUAAGGAGAAGGAAUUCUUGGAGUGA